AUGGCCCGGAAUUUCCUCAUGCUGCUGAGGGGGAGCGAUCCCAGUCUCCUGCAUCGAGCAGCUAGAAUAAUGAAAAGAUCUGAUAUGAGAAGAAAAAACGUGGAGCGUCAGGUUCGGACGGAACAAAGCGACUCCUUGCAGCAGCGAGACGCAAACGGCGUCCAUCAAUCAGGGCCUAGCCCUGAGGGAUGGUGGAUCUGGUCUACGUCCCACGGGGAAACAGGAAAUGUGAGGUUCGAGCUACGUAGGGAGCAAUUCUGGUAUCAAAGAUCAAAGAGACAACCACAACUUUCAGAGCAGUCGGCCUCUCCGAUGGCGGAGGUUUCUAUCCACCUCUACCUACCUAGAGUACCCCACCAUGCGAAAGACGGUGGAAGGGUAUCAGGAAAAAGAAUCCUGGUCCCCACCUACAGCUUUUUGACACCUCGAGCGCGCGGGGACCAGAAACCGGACCGUGACGCGAGUGGCACGUGA